AUGGGUGCCGGCCAGCCAUCUCUCUCCCCGCCUAUCGGCUCCGAUGGCGUGGGAUCUGCCAGGAAACGCAACCCCGCCAUGGCGGGCUUGGACAGCUCCCCCGGCAGCAUCGAUGAGGUCGAGGGGGCGGAGGAGAAGAAGAGACAGCCCGUGAAGCGGGCGUGCAACGAGUGUCGCCAGCAAAAGCUCCGGUGCGACGUCGUCCAAGACCCGUGGGUGGACUGCUCUCGAUGUCGUCGCCUCAGGCUUGAUUGUAAGAUCGAGUCCCACUUCAAACGUGUCGGAAAGCGCAGUCGCAAUGCCGAAAUGGAGCGGGAGAUCGUGGAACUGAGGAGGCAGAUUGCAACCGUGCAGGCCAGCCCUGUCGGGAGCCUGCCUCCCCCGCAACCCGCGGCCAUCCCCCCGGUCCCGACUCCCAAGCAAGAAACCCCCAGCCAGGUCGGGUCUGGAGUCUACCACACGCCGUCGGCGAUGUCUACCGAUCAGUACAUGGGGUCCCACGAGGCCGUGGCAUCCUUGCUGGACCUGCGGUCGGGCUUUGAUGGGACCAGCUACAUGAGGAACGGCACGCAUCACUUCAAACGCAUCGAGGAUGUGGCCAUCGUCCCCGAAAGGGUGACCGAGCUUUUUAACAUGUUUUUCACCUUCUACCACCCGUUUCUUCCAUUCCUUGAUCGAGACCAAUCGCCCGAUGAGUAUUACAAUGCGUCGCCGCUGUUGUUCUGGACCAUCAUCAGUGUUGGCGCUCGACGCUUCCAAGCCGACACCCACCUUCUCAAUUCCCUCGCAGGCCCGGUUUCGCGACUGGUAUGGAGUACGCUGGCGGAUAUCCCACAAAGCUACCACGUCGUGAAGGCGCUCUGCUUGCUGUGCACAUGGCCUUUUCCUGCGAGCAGCACGUCCAACGACCCGACCUUUAUGCUGUGCGGUAUGAUGAUCCAAGUAGCCAUGCAGCUCGGUCUGCACCGUCCGUCGCAUACCCAGGAUUUCAGCAAGUUCCGGGUGGAACUCAUCGAGGAGGAGCUCCGGGACAAGGUCCGAACAUGGGCGGUCUGCAACAUUGUGGCACAGCGAGUUGCCACCGGAUACGGCCAGCCGCCAUCCACGCUGUACGACUGGACACUGUCCUCGAACGAGUCCAUGGACCCCAACUUCAAGUUGCCGGAUGACAUGAGACCCCGACUGGAGAUCGAGAAGUUCUGCGACAAGGUCACCAAGUCCUUGUACACCAAUCGACGCGACCCUGUCGGGCUCUGCAGCGAUCAAGAGCGAUCGACGCUGAUCGGUUUCCUUUCCCGGGAUUUCGACGAACUUGAGAACCAGCUGAAGGCGCAGAAUGACUGCAUCACUAAUCUGUAUCUGCGCGCGUCUAAUCUCCACCUCCACCUGUCCGCCUUCUUCGACGACACCACCGUGAAGGAUUACCGCGAGCGCCUUCUCUCUCUGUACGUGGCCACGACGACCUUCCUCGAAGCCGCAAUGAACCUCGAAACGGAAGUCGGCCCGGUGCUGUCCUACACCCCGUACUACAUGUACCAGAUGAUGGUCGCGGGAGGGUGCACGCUGCUCAAGCUCUGCAAGAGCUUCUUCGCCGCCCACAUCGACAUGGACUACGCCAAGAACCUCUUCAACCGGACGAUCUGGGCCAUCCGCGGCGUGUCCGUGUCCAGCAACGACCUCCCGGAGCGACUAGCAGAAGUCCUGGCGCAGAUGUGGCGGCUGAACAACGUGCCGACUCCGAAGCUGACGGCGGACGGCGGCGAGGUGGACGACUCGCUGAUGCUGAAGGUGCGAUGCCGCAUGAGCAUGUCUCUGCUCUUCGACUCGGUGUGGCGGUGGCGCGAAGACGCGCGCACCAAGGGGCGCAAUCUCGAAGCGUACCUCAAAAACCCAACCAACCCCGACUCCAACGCCGACUCCUCCAACUCGUCAUCCCUAGGCCCCACGCGCACGUCCACCGCCACGCCGGGCAUCUCGGGCGCGGACCCCAGCCUCGCGCCCGCGCCGAUGCUCCCGCAGGCCAGCAUGGGCGUGCCGUCCAGCGCGGUCGGCGGGCUGCCCAGCGGGUUCAUGGAGCCCAACUACGAGGUCUUCGACCCGCUGAACUGGCUGCUGGACGGGCUGGUCGACCUGCCGUAUUCGUACUCGACGAUGUCGGGGGUGGAGUCGCAGGGCGUUGCCUAG